GGGUAGGAGACAAAAAGGAUAACAAAUUAACAACCAUAUAUAUAAUGAAAUGAAAAGAGAAAAAGAAAUAGUAGUAUUUCUGUUAAUAUGGCGAUGGCUUCUAUGGCUUUCUGUGGUGUCAACACAGUGACCUUUCAGAACCGUAGGAGACACAACAGUGGAAUGGUAUGUGCAAGUUUGGGAAACAAAGAAGUAACUAGUUUGGGAGUAAGAGUUACGGAAGGUGAGGGCAAUUUGCCUAAACUUGUUCUCACUUCUCCGGCUGGUAGUGAAGCUGAAAUAUAUCUUUUUGGUGGUUGCAUUACCUCUUGGAAAGUUCCCAAUGGCAAAGACCUUCUUUUUGUUCGUCCUGAUGCUGUUUUCAAUAAGAAGAAACCAAUAAGUGGAGGAAUUCCACAUUGCUUUCCACAGUUUGGUCCUGGUGCAAUUCAGCAGCAUGGGUUUGCAAGGAAUCUGGAUUGGACUGUUGGUGAUUCUGAGAAUGUGGAGGGAAAUCCCGUUGUAACUCUGGAACUGAAGGAUGAUUCUUAUAGUCGCGCUAUGUGGGAUUUCAGCUUCCAUGCUUUAUACAAGGUCACACUAAAUGCUAAAAGUCUUUCGACCGAGUUAAAAGUUAAAAAUACAGACAAUAAACCUUUCUCUUUCAAUACUGCCUUGCACACAUAUUUUCGGGCCUCUGUAAGUGGUGCAUCAGUUAAAGGGUUAAAAGGUUGCAAAACUUUGAACAAACAUCCGGAUCCUAAUAAUCCAGUUGAGGGUAGUGAAGAAAGGGAUGUGGUCACAUUUCCAGGAUUUGUAGAUUGCGUUUAUCUUGACGCAUCAAAUGAGUUGCAACUUGAUAAUGGCUUGGGUGAUAUAAUAUCUAUCAAGAACACAAACUGGUCAGAUGCAGUGUUGUGGAAUCCUCAUCUUCAAAUGGAAGCAUGUUACAAAGAUUUUGUUUGCGUUGAAAAUGCUAAGAUUGGAAGUGUCCAGCUAGAGCCAGAACAAACUUGGACGGCCGUGCAGCAUCUUACCAUUGCUUGAACAGUAACCGUGGUUCUGCAUUAUCAAUUAUUUUUUUGCCUUAUUUGAUUUGUCUACAAUCUGUAUCUUUUGUAUAAUAAUUAACUAAUCCACUAAUAGUUGAUUAGUGGUGAGGGAUAUGUCAUUUGUGAGAGGUUAAAGUCGGAACUCAUUACAUAUGUAACAUUGUUGUAGCAAACAAAAGAAAGUUGUAAUAAUUAUAUUUUCCUUCAUUUUUAA